CGGAGACUCUGAGGAGUUCCAGCUCAGAACUCAUACAGGCAGGUAGGAGACAGACUGGCAGGAGCAGAGCAACAUUCAGACGUUCAGCCAGGUGGACUGCUGUGAUGAUGGAUGACUACACCCUUCCCUUCUGGAUUUACCUGGGUGUUGUGACGGUGUUUGUGGGUGGCGCCAUGAAGAGGAUCGUGGCAUCCCACCUGAGCGCGGCCCCGACCCUGGUGGCCUGGCUGGGGGCCACGGUUCUGGUGGAGCGGCUCUGGGCCUUCUGCCUGCCGGCCGUGCUGCUGCUGGCGCUGCUCGCCUUGGCCUGCUGCCUCUACUCGGCCAGAACUGGCCCUUCGCCCGCCAACCUGCCUGCUCACGGGAAGGCCGUCUUCAUCACAGGAUGUGACUCUGGUUUCGGCAAUGCCACGGCGAAGCAUCUGGACUCUCUGGGCUUCGAGGUUUUCGCCACAGUUCUGGAUCUGACCGGAGACGGAGCCAGAGAGCUGCAGAGGAGCUGCUCCCCCAGACUCACCGUCCUCCAGGUGGACAUCACCCAGCCUCAGCAGGUUCACCAGGCGCUGCUGGACACCAAGGCCAAGCUGGGCCUCCAAGGUCUGUGGGGUCUGGUAAACAACGCUGGAGUCUGUGUGAACUUCGGAGACGCUGAACUCUCUCUGAUGUCCAACUUCCGCGGCUGCAUGGAGGUGAACUUCUUCGGGACGCUGAGCGUCACCAAGAGCUUCCUGCCACUACUGAGACACAACAAGGGACGCAUCGUCAACAUCUCCAGCCCUGCAGGUGACCAGCCGUUCCCCUGCCUGGCGGCGUACGGAGCCUCCAAAGCAGCUCUGAACCUCUUCACCAACACCCUGAGACACGAGCUGGACCCAUGGGGGGUCCAGGUGUCCACCAUCCUGCCAUCCUCCUACCGGACAGGUCGCUCCAGUAACCAGGCCUACUGGGACCAGCAGCACAAGCAGCUGCUGCAGAGUUUGUCUCCAGCGCUGCUGGACGAGUACGGGGAGGACUACAUGACCGAGACCAAGGACCUGUUCCACAGCUACGCCCGCCAGGCCAGCACCGACCUCACCGUGGUCCAGGCCAUCGUCCAGGCCCUGCUGGAGCCCCGGCCCCAGCCCCAGUACUUCGCCGGGCCGGGCGUGGGCCUCAUGUACUUCAUCCACUCCUACUGCCCCUUCAGCCUCAGCAACUGGCUGCUGCAGCGGCUCUUCGUCAAGAAGAAGCUGAAGCCCCGAGCGCUGAGGAAGGAAGGUCUGGAGCUCAACCUGAACCUCCUGAACAACAACAACAACGAGGAGAAGCUGCAGUAGAACGGACCCGAGGAACCGGAGGAACCAGAGGAACCAGAGGAACCAGAGAAACUGCCUAAUGGACUGAAGGGAUCAUAGUGAUGCUGUCCCGCCUGCAGGGGGCGCCGCUACACAACUUCACCUGUACUGUCCACCAGACUCACACUGACUGAGUGCCUUCCUCUCCACCACCAGCAGAACAUCAGCCCUGGAGGUCCAGCAGCCCGUUAGCAUCAUGCUAAGCUAACAGAACAUUUAGCAUCAUGACAUCAUGCUAAGCUAAUGGAGCGGUUUACCAGCUGGGUUUUGUUAGUUCCUUGAUGAGGCUUCAACAACCAGUCAGGGUUAGAACUCAGACACCUCAGUCCUUGACCAAUCACAGCUCCUGUGAUGUCACUGUGAGGGCGGAGCCAGGACUGACGGUUAACAAACCAGUGUAGAUCGUCUUUACUGUUGCUAUGGUUACAGUCUCUGUGCUAUUAUUGGUCAGUGAUGUUAUCACAUUAGAAUGACUGGAAAACACCAAGAAUCAUCAAAUCUGAGCUAAAAACUUUCAUCAAAACCAGUUUGUUUUUCAUGUGUCUUUUUAAAAUUCUCCAAAAACAAAGCAGAGUUUCAGGUUGAACUGCAGGCAGUGUUUCCUCUGAGAGACUGAAAUAAACAGAGCAAAAACAGAGAACAGAGGAGCAGGUAGUUGGAGAUCCAUGGUGCAUGAUGGAGCAUCUACAGAUGAUGAGCAGAGUAGAGAGGAAAUGUCUGGAAACACGGAGAUAGAAAAACACCUCCAGGAUGAGGAGGCAAAAUGACCAGACAUAAACCCAGAAACUGCUGCUUGGACUUUUAGUCUCUUUAUUUACUGACAACAAAUUAAAGCAUCAAUUCAGUGCUAAACGUUCACCAAGAGGAAAAAAACUGAACUCACAGUCAGAUUUAAAUCAAGAUUAAAUCAGGAUCAAAUCGGGAUUAAAUCAAGAGUAAAUCAGGAUCAAAUCAGGAUUACAUCAGGAUCAAAUCAGGAUUAAGUCAGGAUCAAAUCAAGAUUGAAUCAGGAUCAAAUCAGGAUUAAAUCAAGAUUAAAUCAGGAUCAAAUCAGGAUUAAAUCAAGAUUAAAUCAGGAUCAAAUUAGGAUUAAAUCAAGAGUAAAUCAGGAUCAAAUCAAGAUUGAAUCAGGAUCAAAUCAGGAUUAAAUCAAGAUUAAAUCAGGAUCAAAUCAGGAUUAAAUCAGGAUCAAAUUAGGAUUAAAUCAGGAUCAAAUCAGGAUCAAAUCAGGAUUUAAUCAGGAUUUAAUCAGGAUCAAAUCAGGAUUAAAUCAGGAUCAAAUCAGGAUUAAGUCAGGAUCAAAUCAAGAUUGAAUCAGGAUCAAAUCAGGAUUAAAUCAAGAUUAAAUCAGGAUCAAAUUAGGAUUAAAUCAGGAUCAAAUCAGGAUCAAAUCAGGAUUUAAUCAGGAUUUAAUCAGGAUUAAAUCAGGAUCAAAUCAGAAUCAAAUCAGGAUUAAGUCAGGAUUAAAUCAAGAUUGAAUCAGGAUCAAAACAGGAUUAAAUCAGGAUCAAAUCAAUAUUAAAUCAGGAUUAAGUCAGGAUUAAGCAGACAGAUUUUUAUAUUAUUUGCUAUUAUUUCUAAAUGAUUUUUAAGAAUCACUGAUAUCUGUUGAAUCUUCAUCUCCUGAAUCUUAGCUGAGAUAUUUGUCUUUAAGCUUAACUAAAACAGAACAAACUCCACCCGGCUGGUUGGUCCGGAGCCGUGAAGCGAGCACUCCCUAACAUCCUGUUCCUGUUAAAGGCUGAAUCCCUCCACUGGUCUGAGAACAGUUCAACCAAAAACACGUUCUACUUCCUGUGAAACACUGAAGCCCACAGUGUGAAGGUCUCAGAAGGUCUCAGAAGGUCUCAGAAGGUUCCCCAGAUAGCAAACUAUGGGUGAAUCAAUGUUGAAUCUACACACGUGGACAAAAUUGUUGGUACCCCUCAGUUAAAGAAGGAAAAACCCACAAUUCUCACUGAAAUCACUUGAAACUCACAAAAGUAACAAUAAAUAAAAAUGUAUUGAAAAUUAAAUAAUCAAAAACAGCCAUUACUUUUGAAUUGUUGAUUAACAUAAUUAUUUAAAAAAACAAACUUGAGACCUAAUGUAGAAAUUAUACAGAAAGCGCAAGGUUGAUAAAAUGUUGAGUCAACGUUUGCUUACAUAGAUUACAUGUUUGCAAACACAGAUUCAACAUUAAUUAAACAUUGACCUGUCAAACAUUUUAAUUAAACCAAAAUACAACGUAGAUUCAAUGGUAUCUUUUAAACACAAACUUCAAUGUUGACAAAAUGUUGUUGAAUCAACGUUGAUCCAACCAUCAGUCUUCAACCGUAACCACAAUUCAACCUUCUUAACCCUAAUUCAACAUUGAUUUAACAUCUUUUGCUAUCUGGGUAAAGUGUGAUUUAUGGUUGAAAAGCAAACGUUGACUCAACAUUUUAUCAACCUUGCGCUUUCUGUAUAAUUUCGACGUUUGGUCUCAACAUAGAUUCAACAUUGAUUCACCCAUAGUUUGCUAUCUGGGUCAAGUUCCACAAUCCACAAUCCAGGUUUGUGUUGAAUCAUAUUCCCAGAUAAUAACUGAAAGUUUUUGUUCUUUUUCACCAAAAACAGAGAAAACAAGAAAACAGAGAAGUUUGGGUUGAAUUCGCUUCAAGACUUUUGGUCAUUUUUAGUUUUUUCUGUGACACUAAACUCUGGUUGUAUUUCAAGUCAAAUGUUUAAAAUGCUGCACUUUUAUUUUUAAACUUAAAUAAAUUCACGUUUUUUGGGUCAAAACGUUCCAUCCUGAGGAACCAGAUGAUCCUGUUUUACUGCAGCUCCUGACAAGAAAACGUUCUUCUAACAUUGACGGAAUGGUUUUAGUUUCAUCACAACUUCCUGUUUUAUACAUUAGAGAAGAAAUGAAGCAGGUGGAAGAUUCUGUGUUCCUCACAGAGCAGCUGAACUCUGGUUCCUCACAACCUUCUCCAGAUGUUUGUGGAGCACAACGUUCUCCAGAUGUUUGUGCUGCACAACGUUCUCCGGAUGAUUGUGGAGCACAUUGUUGUCCAGAUGUUUGUCUAGCACAUUGUUGUCCAGAUGUUUUUGCACAUGCUCAGUGUGUCUCUGUCUGGUGUCGGUUCUUUGUCACGUUCUGUUUUUAAAUCAAACUAUUUAUGGUAUCUUUUCUUUUAUCAUCACUUAAACUGUGAAUUUUGUAUAAAAAUGGAAAAACAAGGAGAACAAAAACGUGUAAAAUGUUCACUGGUUCAUUAUUUGAUAGAAAUAAAGUUGACUUUUUCAGAA